GUGAGGCUGAAAUCCCACGUGACUAGCGCCACAACUCCACCUCAUAUAGUGGAAGUACCAAUCAACUGCUACCUACACAUCGCAUUCUAUUCUGGUACUACAUGUAUCUUAUCGCCUUUUAUUCACGUCUUCAACUCAUCGCCAUAAGACGCGUCUCAUCGAAACUAAGUCGUUAGGAACGAAUAGCCCUACAAAAUCAACUUUUCCGUCCGUCUCGUAAAGUAAAGGACCAUGUCUGAACGAAAAGUUCUCACCAAAUAUUACCCCCCUGACUUCGAUCCAAGUCAGAUCAAGAGGGUUAAAGGGCCUAAAAAUGCCGGCCCGAAGGUUCAGACUGUCCGCCUGGCGGCACCAUUUUCUAUGAAAUGUACCACAUGUGGAGAGUAUAUCUACAAAGGCAGAAAGUUCAACGCGCGGAAAGAGACGCCCCUUGAUGAAAAAUACUUAGGCAUUCAGAUUUUCAGAUUCUACAUCCGAUGUACAAGGUGCAGCGGACAAAUCACAUUCAAAACAGAUCCCAAGAACCAAGACUACGCCUGCGAGAGUGGAGCAAAACGGAGUACAGAGCCAUGGCGGGUAGGAGUCGACGAGACGGACGAAGAGCGGUUAGACAGGCUAGAGAAGGAGGAAGAGGAGCGCAAUGCCAUGGUAGAGCUCGAAGCCAAGACCGUAGACGCGAAGCGUGAGAUGGCAGUCGCGGACGCUCUAGACGAGAUACGUACGAGAAACGCCCGGCUAGAACGUGCAAACCAGGAUGGCAUAGAGGUGAGCGUUGCGCUACCUGUCGAUAAUGAAGCAGAGCGGCAAGAGAAAGAAGACGCAGAAGCGGCAAGGAGGGCUUUUGAGUUCGCGAGGCAAGUCGACCUCAUGACGGAAGACGUUAUAGACGAGGAAAUGGAUGACGUGGCGUUCGCCUCGACGGCGGCGCUCACGCCUGGAAGUGGCGGUAACGGUAGCAGUGCCCCUCGGGCACAACCGGCAACAGCAUCAUCGUCGGCAGCAAAUGCGCCAUCUAAGGACAUGCCGCCCCCAUCAUUCAAGCGAGUAGUAAAGAAGAAAAAGGAUCACGCGGCAGCGCUCGGUAUAAAGAAGAAGGCCCCUCUCGUAUAGAUGAGUCGAGAUUGCAAUUAAUUAUGACGGCUCGGGUGGCAUGUGAUAGCAUAGCAUAACAUAGCGACGGAUAUUCGGUCGGUUUACGAAUGGCAAUACGGAGCUUCAACUCUGUCCAAUAAUGAGGAUAAUCUUGAGCAUAAUAAACGUAUCUCCAUACUUGGCCGUCUGCCGGCAAGCCGCGGUGAUCAGCCAACUCUUCUACAGAAAUAAUGGAGAGGUCUCCGUUUCUAUUAAACCCCUGUCACGUUCAACCCGACUCGCAUCUGCCAAAGACGAAUUAAAAGUACCGUAAUUCCGUGAGGGGUCCUCAAUAGCGGCUAUCGUUAGACAACGUGAUGUGCUUCGACAUAUCUUACCGACAUUCUAUCCCGGGCUACCAGGGACGUGCAGAGAUCGACA